AUGAGCUAUAUGACAAGUGACAGCUCAGCGACAUCAUCAGCUAUGAAGCUCGAUACUCCACUGCAUAUAAAGUAUAUCCAAAAUCUAGACAAGAGACAAGACUUGGCGUAUCACUUGACAUCCCACCUUCGACUAAAUGGUAUAUAUUGGGGAUUGACGGCUUCGCAUAUCAUGGGAGAACCGAGCGCGUUGGAUAGAGAAGGUGUGAUUGAAUAUGUGUUAUCAUGCUGGGACCACGAGUCUGGGUCAUUUGGGCCACAUCCGGGACACGAUGGACAUAUAUUAGCUACUUUGUCAGGUAUACAAAUUAUGUUAAUGCAAGAUGUAGUCGAUUGUAUAGACAUUGAAGGUGUUACUAAAUUCCUACUAGAACGCAUAAAUCCCGAUGGAUCAGUAUCUGGCGAUUCAUGGGGUGAGAUAGAUACUAGAUUUACUUAUAUCUGUUUGUCAUCCUUAUCACUUCUUGGAAGGUUAAAUUACAUACCCACAAAGAAGAGAGAAGCUAUAGUGGAUUAUAUAAGUAGAUGUAGGAAUUUCGAUGGCGGAUUCGGUAGAGUUCCAGGAGCAGAAAGUCAUUCUGGACAAGUAUGGGUUUGUACAGCGGCAUUAUCUAUAUUGGACAGACAAGACUUGAUAGAUGUACCAUUAUUGGGAGCAUGGUUAUCUGAAAGGCAAUUACCUAAUGGAGGCUUGAAUGGACGUCCAGAAAAGCUAGAAGAUGUCUGUUACUCAUGGUGGUGUCUGGCUUCAAUAUCAAUAAUAGGUAAAUUGGAUUGGAUCAAUAAGGAUAAAUUGAUAAAAUUCAUUCUCGGUGCUCAAGAUCUAGAAGACGGUGGAAUAGCAGAUAGACCAGGAGAUUGGGUCGAUGUCUUUCAUACCAUUUUCGGAGUAGCAGGACUAUCAUUACUUGGUUAUCCAGGAUUACAAGAUAUAGAUCCAGUUUAUUGUAUGCCAGCUACAUUAAUCGACAAAUUGAAUCUGAGGAAACCUUACGAAACUCUUAAGCGGAUGGAUUCUUAUCCCUAA